GAUGUUAGGGUUUUUGAGAUAACCUUCAUGAUGGGUAUUGGUAAACCUUAUCUCACUUUUUGUUUUCUACAAAUAAAUAAUGCCAAUUUCUUAUGGAUUCACAUCGAAGAUCAAGAAAGGGCAUGCAGAAGAUCCAAUCGAGUAAUUAACAAAUCUAAUGUAUGUAUUUUUAAAAUAAAUAAAAACAAAUCUAAUGUAUGCUACUUUGCAAGAAAGCGAUUCUAGCCUCGUGUGAACUCGAAGAUGUGUUCUUUCAAAAAUAAUUUCACUCUUUCAAAAAUAAUUUCACGCUCGAAUUUGUGGCUAAUUCUUGAUUCAUAUACUCAUCAAAAUACAAGUUUAUUUCGAAGUAUAGUGUUGAUGUGACUUGAAUCGGACUAUCAGCCGCUACGACUGGAAUAGUUUGUGUACGGGCUCAAUGUUAUUUGGGUUCGGGGUUCUAGGCCUGGUAUGUAACCGUUGCCUUUAUCAUAUUGGAUUAGGUUUUUACCCCACAUGGAGAAGUAUAAAUACUUCUCAUCUCCUCUGUAAUCUCCUCGAUACAAUGAAACUGGCUCUCCUACCCGUGGACUACCUAACACACAUUGUGUUAGUGAACCACGUAAAUCGUGUGUCGUGUGCUUUCUGUUUUCGUUUUCUUACUUUGUCGAUUUCAGCGAUUUCCCUAUCCGUAGCAGCGCGGUUAUAACAUAUAGGUUGGACUAUAUUGUAUAAGAAUGGAAGUUAAAAGUUAACUGAUAAGAUAUUUUGAAAAUAGUGAGUGAGUUUAUAGUUAUACAUGUUGUAUUUGGUCAAAUUUAGUAAUCAUUGACCAACAUAUACAAAGCUAUACUUGAAGGUUUAUGUUACUUCAUAUAGAGUAUACACCCAUUGUAUUGUGCCCUUUUUAUACAUGGGAAUACAAUGUUUAUUAUGUUUGUACAAUAUUGGUGGUUUGUACGCUCCACCUAUAAAAAUGAUUGUAUAUAUACUAUGCACUCUAAUCUAGAAUUAGCAUUUAACUAUCAAGUUAUCAAUUUUAAUUGCUCGUAUAAGCCGACUAUGAUGAUAUAUUAAAUAAUACAACUAAUACAUGCAUUAGUCAUAAUCCCUCAUUCUAACCCUAACUAUACUCGUGAACCUUAAAUAAUUUUCAUGCAAAUUCAUCCAUUUUGUUUGAAAUUGUAUUACAAUUAAUUAUUGAGAUCGUUUUACCGUGAAUCACAUUGUUCAAAUGACGACUAUUAAACAAGUGUAUAACAUGCAUUAAAAAAUGAAUGGAUUAAAACAAAAUCGAUAAUACUUAUCUUCCAUUGGUUUAUUUUGUAAAGAUACAUAUGUCUAGUGCUGAAGUGGUGGGCAAAGUUACAAGUGUCGAGUUAGGGAUGGUGAAUUCAGAUCGGACUCAAUAAUUUUGUGAGUUCAUGAUCAAUACAUCUUGCAAUGAACAGAAGAAUGAAAUGAAAGUUCAGAAGCUAUAGAUAGGCAGCUAGCUAUCUGAUCAUAGCUCAUACGUGAAUUAGGGCUGUGGAAAGGGUGAUAAUAUGAAGCAAACUUAUUGAUUGUGGUAGGAAUGUUAGGGUAAUGAUUCUGAUAUGAGAUAAAUUUUGCUACCGAUUUUAUUAGGAUGGUAAUUAUGUUACACGACUUGAUUUAUUUGGACUCAUUUUAUACUAGUAUUAUCCGUCGCACCACGUAUUCCUUUUUAUUUGAAUUAUUUUAUGAUAAGAAACAAAUGAUAAAAAAAAAAAACAAAUGAUGCAUCAAAAUUACAUGAAAUUCUUUAUGACGAGGAGGCUGAAAUCAAGAACAAGACAAGUCUGAUAUUCAUUUUUAUCAUGAAGAAUUGAUUUUAGAAAAAAAAAGUUUGAGAACCAUAAGAAAAGGUCUAAGAUAGAAUUUAUUCAUGAAAUUUCUCUCCCAAAAGUACAUAUAAUUAAUAAUAUUUUUUGUCAGCGAUACUAUUCCUAUUAUGAGAUCAUUAUUGCUGAAAUUAGUGUUCAAGUAUAUGACGUUCAAAAUAAUAAAUCUUCUAACUUAAAUUCUCAUCUAUAUUUAUAACAUAUUUCUAACACUUUCGAAUUUCGAUGCUGUUUGGUAAAAAUAACAUUGAUUAUGAACCCAAUUGAAUCACGACAACAUCAAAAAAGUGAGUUGCUUCGACAUUAUUCAUCUCUUACACAAUUGCCAUGGGAGCAUCCGCGCAUGCAUCCAGGCAUCCAGCAUUUUUUUUUUUAGACGUAAGGUUGGUCGUUUCAUUAGUACGAAACACGGUGUACAGAGUUACAAUAACAAUAACGCUGAAAAGAAGGAAAAGCCAACUGAAAAAGAGAGCUAACCGUGGGCCAACAAAGGCCCGAAGCCAAAAAGCCCGAACCCUGUCUAUCUUUCAUCUUCUCUCAUAUGAAUUUUCUCCUCUUUUUUUUUUUUUUUUUUUUUGUGUGUGUGUCUGGCUUAUGUAUACCAGCAAGUGACAAAGCAUUUAUGUGAUUGUUUGAUUGUUUACGUGCGAGACAAAAGUAACUAUUUCCCCAGCGUAAAAGAGGUAAAAAAAAGAUUUGACCCAACAGAAAAGAAGAGGUAAAAAAAUGCAGGGGCUGAAGAAGAAGAAUUGGGUUUUACUCACUCAGUACUCCACCUUCUCCAGUUCUCCUAGUGGAGUUGCUGUAACUCAUUGGCUCCACUUAUUUGUUGGUGUAGAGAGAGAGAGAGAGAGAGAGAGAGAGAGAGAUUCCCUUCAUUAUCAUCAAGUAGUCAUUUCACUUCAGUCCCAAAAGGAUUGCCCUUAUUGUGUCUGGAAGUGGCCAACUUUUGAUGAGUGAGAGGGGCAGUGCUUGCCCUUUUCCUUGCUCAAGUUUCUUUCUUUCCAAUGGAACUGCAACCCCAGCAAGCAAAUUGCAAUGAGAUAUCCCAUCCUUCAAUUUUACUUGUGGGUGAUCCAUCAUGUCUCAUCUUGACACUUCACCACCAGAUAUGGGUCUUCCCCCACUCACCACUUCCCUCAAAACUUAAAAGAUAAGCUUUAGGUUUCAGAGACAAAAAUAAAUUUGGACCUGUACAGGUUUCAGAGACAAAAAUAAAUUUGGCCCAUACAGGUCUCGAACCUGUGACCUUCGCGUUAUUAGCACGACGCUCUAACCAGCUGAGCUAAUAGGCCUUGAUGUCAAUAUUGAGUGAAAAACCCAUUAUAUAAUAUAGUUAGACUACAGUCUACAGUACAAUCCUAUUGAUUCAAUCGUGUAUUUGUUUGUCAACCCAAUUGCCACACGCUCAGUCUGAUUGAGUGGUUAUAUAAAGGCUGGUUGGCGGGGAGGCAAGCCUAGAAGCACGCACAUAAAACUAAAAAAGAUAAAGCUAUUUGGGGAAUGUGGGUUUCUUUCUCUGCGAGAGAGGAGGGCCGCAACAUCAUGAGAAAUCAUCAUCAUCAAGAACCUCGAUCAAGCUCUUCAUGCGCAGCUUGCAAGUUCCUCAAGCGACGCUGCACUUCCAACUGCAUCUUCGCUCCGCAUUUCCGAUCCGACGAGCCCAAGAAAUUCGCCAAGGUCCACAAGGUCUUCGGCGCCAGCAACGUGAGCAAGAUCCUGACUGAGGUCCCAGAAGAGCAGCGGGAAGACACGGUGAAUUCCUUGGCCUAUGAGGCCGAGGCCAGGCUCAGAGACCCUGUCUAUGGCUGCAUUGGCGCCAUAGCCCUGCUGCAGAGGAGAAUGGUUGAGCUCCAAGUCGAUCUUGCCCUUGCCAGGGCUCGUCUGGCUCGGUGUACAGCUUCUGUUACUUCUUCUCUGCCUAACUCUGCCUCAGCUUCCAUAGCCGGAAUGGAAAAUUUCGGUGAAUGUGAAUUCCCGGUGUCCUGCGGUGGAUUGAUUGAUGGGUUUGGCAGUAAUGAUAAUAACCAGUCGGAGUGGAGCCAAGAUGGACCCGCCGGCAGCGAUUUCGGGCAAUUCCCAUAUAUGUUCUGAUGUCGUCUUCUGCAGUACUGUUUAUCUCCUUUUUGUAUAAUCCUUGAAGUGUGGAAAUGAAAAUGCAGGGGACUC